AUGGGUUCGAAUUUUCUUUACUCCAUAGAUCUAAACGAAGAUCAAAACCAUCACGAACAGCCCUUUUUCUAUCCUUUUCGAUCCUCUUCGUCUAUUCUUCAUAACCAGCAUCAUCAUCACCACCAUUAUCAAGUUCCCUCUAAUUCUUCAUCAUUCAUUUCUCUAUCCUCUUACCCCCCUUCCUUGAUCAACUCUCAUGAAGAUCAGCAUGUAGCCAAUAACAAUACUUAUCAUGCUGAUCAUCUCCAUCUAUCUCAACCUCUCAAGGCCAAGAUGUUUAACGGUGGAUCAUCAUCAUCAGACGAUCACACGGUACCAAAGAAUGAGAGAAGACUUAAACUAGCGAUAAGGAAAAAAGAUCAUCACGAAGACCAAACCGAUUUUCUUCAUCAAAGCCCGACAAACCCCAACUCAGGCUCGGACAAGUGGUUAAUGUCCCCAAAGAUGCGUUUGAUCAAGAAAACAAUCACCAACAACAAACAGACGUCCAUUGAUCACACUAACAGCAGUACUAAUAAUCAAAAUAAUUAUAAAGAAGAUCACUAUCCUUUAGAUCAGAAAACUAGUUUCGAAGAAUAUCACGAUGAAGAACUCAAGAGAGUAUCAAGCAAAAAAAAAGUCUCAAGGAGGACGACUACGGCCGCCACCACAGAAAAUCGCUAUAAUACAAUCAACGAGAAUGGUUAUUGUAAUAACAACGGUGUGAUUAGGGUUUGUUCGGAUUGUAACACCACCAAGACUCCUCUUUGGCGAAGUGGGCCUCGAGGUCCCAAGUCUCUUUGUAACGCGUGUGGCAUAAGACAAAGAAAGGCUAGACGGGCCGCACUGGCUGCAGCCACAGCUGCGAGCAACGAUCAAGAGGUGGUGGUGGCGCGGCUUCAACAAUUACCGGCGAAAAAGAAGUUGCAAAACAAGAAAAAGCGAUCUAGUGGAGGUGACAAAUACAAUCUCUCUCCCCCAGUGGUGGCGAAGACAAAAAAGUGCAAGUUAAAAGAAGAAGAGGAUGCCACCGGAAUGAUUGUCAGAGAUUCAGGGAUCAGCAAAUCAACAACUUCCUCUGAUUCUUCAGUUUCAUUGAACAAAUUUUGCUUCGAUGAUUUGAGGAUAAUGUUGAGAAAAAACUCAGCUUAUCAACAAGUGUUCCCACAAGAUGAGAAGGAAGCUGCUAUAUUACUCAUGGCUCUGUCGUAUGGAAUGGUUCAUGGUUGAUCAGAUAAUGACAGCAUCUUCUGAUUACAAAAGAGGUUUAUUUAUAGUCAUAAAUAUAUAUACCAUAGUAAUCUUUUUAUAUCUAAAUCUUGGAGUGAUUGUGGCUUUUGCAGCUGGUCUAGUAUGAGCA